CCUGAAAGAAACUCUUCGUCUGCUUUAAGGAUUGAAGCAUCUCACUGUUUUGGACCUAGGCUACAAAUUGCUUUCUUGCAUAAAUCCUCCUUGCUUUGAUGAAAAUAUAAUAUUUGUCAUUCCCCUGAGUAAGCGAGUGCCUGUGUGUGUGCUGAAUGCCGAGGCGCCGGUGGAGCCAGCUUGCUUCCGUGUGUGAAUCAUUUCUCAAGCAGCUCUGUGUCUCUCUGCAAUGUGGUUUUCCUCUCAGGGAAGCACUCAAGCCCUGAAUUUUCAGUCUGGCUUGCACAUGCUGUCAGAAGCUAGUGGGAGACACUUUUCUUUUUAAUGCAGAAAAGAGGACAAGCUUUUACUUUCUUCAGAAUGAAAUAGCCUUUAAUAGUCAGCAGAAUGUGUGUACCAGAAGUUUAUCCACAGAACUGGUGAAAUCCUCUUUUGAUCCACAGUGAAGUCUAAAGAUCCUGGAGCCCUGGUGUUGUUUCUGCUGAUGCUGACUGCCUAGUCUGUAGACUGAAUUACUUGGGAAGAAAAUGAAGAGUAGUGCCAGGCCUUGGAGUACAAUAGCAAAGCAAGGGAGCCAUGGGGUUGACAGAGGAAAACCUCUUUCCACCACCUCCACAGGAAUGAAGACAUCCAAAUCCUCCACUUCCCUUGCCUUUGAAUCCCGGCUCAGCAAGCUGAAGCGGGCGAGCAGUGAGGACAUGCUCACCAAACCUGGGCCAGCAGCAGCUGCGGGAGUCUCCAGGCUGAAGAAGACCAUCACAACAGGAGCCAUUUCGGAGCUCGCCGAGAGCCGGCUGAGGCCCAGCACAGGAGCAGUUUCGGCCGCGAAGCGCACGGGGAUCCCAGCACCCCGGGAAUUGUCCUCAUCCGUGUCCAGGGAGAGAGCUGUGCUGCGUGGUCAAGCCAACACCAGGAAAACACAGCCCAGCCCCACCUCUUCUGGUGCACCAACUCCUACCAAACACGUGCGCCCCACCAGCAAGUCCAAGCAAGAGAAUGAAACUGGUGACAAGGCUGUUCUGGAAUCUCAGGUUAAAGAACUCCUGGCAGAGGCAAAGACGAAAGAUUCUGAAAUUACCAAACUUCGUUCUGAGUUAAAGAAAUGCAAAGAGAAAGGAUCACUCAAUGCUGAAGGAAUGGGUGCUUCCAACCAAAAUUUAGAAACAGUAUCACCUGUUGACAUAGAUCCAUUAAUAAGGACCCUUCAGGAGAAAAACAGGACUUUCCAAAAAGAGCUUGCUAGCCUGGGAGAAGAAAACCGUGCUUUGAAAGAGAAAUUGCUUUAUCUGGAGAACUCCCCCCUCUCAGACACAACCACAAGCAGUGGAGGCGACAGCAGCCUCCCAACCCCAACUACCCAAGAGUCGAGUUUUGGAAGCCCAUCCAAGAGUGCGUCAAGGGGCGAAGCAGAGGAGCGCAGGCAGCACCUGAACGGGGGCGCCCUGCGCAAUUCCGGUUCCUCCAGCAGCGAUGUCACCAAAGCCUCCCUGUCCCCCGAUGCGUCCGACUUCGAGCACAUAGCAGAUGUACCUUCCAGGCCAGCAUCUGCCAGCAGCAACCACUUCAAAGGCUCCAAGUGCUCCACCGCAGGAAGUUCUCCAAACAAUAUUAGCGACCUCUCUGUGGCAUCUCUUACAGAGAGAAUACAAAAGAUGGAGGAGAAUCACCACAGCACAGCAGAAGAGCUGCAGGCCACUUUGCAGGAGCUGUCGGAUCAGCAGCAAAUGGUGCAGGAGCUGACAACAGAAAAUGAGAAGCUGGUGGAAGAGAAAGCUCUCCUGGAGACUUCCUUCCGUCAGCACAGAGAUAGAGCCGAGCAGCUGAGCCAGGAAAAUGAGAAGCUCAUGACUCUCCUCCAAGAGCGAUCCAAGAAUGAGGCUCAAGAAGAGAAGGUCCUUGAACUGGAACAGAAAUGUACAGAGGUUCUUGAAAAAGCACAAUUUGAAAGAGAGAAAUUGCUCAACAUUCAGCAACAGUUAACUAGCAGCCUGCGAAGCUUAGAAAGGGAGCAUCAGGAUGCCCAGCAGGUGAUAAAAAGCCUGAAAGAAGAAAAUGAGAAGCUGCUUAAACUUCUAGAAGUGGAACAGCAGAGCAACAGCACAGUGACAAAAAGUCUGGAGGACUGUAAAAUUGCUUUGGAAGGUCUGAAAAUUGAGAAUGGCUCUCUCAAAACUCAGCUGGAGAAUGAGAAACAAAAGGCUGCAGAAAUCAAUGUGAUGGGCUGCACCUCUGACAACUCUGAGGUGCAGGAGAUGCUCAAAGUAGCCCAUGCAGAAAAAGCCCAGUUAGAAGCCUCUUGCACUGAGCUGAAACAAGAGCUGCUGAAGGCAAACAGUGAACUGAAGCACAUUCAGGGGCUGCUGUCUAAGGCUGAGAAUGAGUAUGGUCAGCUGAAGGAGGUGUGUGACCGACAGGCUGAGCAACUGAGCAGAACCAGCCAGAAGCUGCAGGAGAAGACAUCAGAGAAUGAAGCAGAUAUCAAAAACCUGAAGGAGACCAUUUUUGAGUUGGAAGACCAGGUGGAGCAACAUCGUGCUAUAAAACUCCACAACAACCAGCUCAUCAGUGACCUAGAAAGCAAAGCAAUGAAGCUGGAAGAACAAAAACAAGAUACAGAGAGGCAGCUGAAGGCUCUGACUAAGCAGAUGAAGGAGGACACAGAGGAGUGGAGGCGUUUCCAGGCUGACCUGCAGACUGCAGUGGUUGUCGCCAAUGACAUUAAGUGUGAAGCUCAGCAGGAGCUCCGUGUGGUGAAGAGGAAGCUGCAGGAGGAGGAGGAGAAGAGUGCCAGACUGCAGAAGGAGCUGGAUGAAGUGAAGGGCAGCAACAGGCUGGCAGCUGAAGAGGUGGAUUCUCUGGAGUCAGACACAGCCAGCCGCUGGCAAGGGGUCUGCCUCAGCAGAGCAUCUCCCACGCCUCCAGAAUCUGCAGCCACUGUGAAGUCACUGAUAAAGUCAUUUGACUUGGGAUGCUCAGGUAGCAGUGGACAAAAUAUCCCAGUUCACAAGGUGCCCAGGAGCCCUCUCAGUGGAAUUCCAGUGAGGACAGCCCCAGCAGCUGCUGUUUCCCCAAUGCAGAGACAUUCUGUGUAUAGCAAUGCCAAGCCAGCCAGCAAAGGCAUUGCCAGACAUGCAGAUCUGUCAGACCUCCCUCUGGCAGACCUUCUGAAGGGGAGAAAUGAAGAGCUGAAACCAGACCAUUACCUCCGCAAAAGCCCCUCCCUGGAAUCCCUGAGCAAACCCCCAAUGGCCUUCAGCAGCAGGAUGCUUUCCUCUACCCCCAGCUGCUUGAAACCCCAAAGCAAACUCAGUGUGGAGAGGAAGGACCCCCUGGCAGCCCUGGCUCGGGAGUAUGGGGGUUCCAAGAGGAAUGCUUUGCUGAAAUGGUGCCAAAAGAAGACUGAAGGUUACCAGAAUAUUGAUAUUACCAACUUCAGCAGCAGCUGGAGUGAUGGGCUGGCCUUUUGUGCUCUCCUACACACAUAUUUGCCUGCACAUAUUCCUUACCAGGAGCUCAACAGCCAGGACAAAAAGAGAAAUCUGCUGUUGGCAUUUCAAGCUGCUGAAAGUGUGGGCAUCAAACCCAGUCUGGAGCUCAGCGAGAUGAUGUACACGGACCGGCCCGACUGGCAGAGCGUCAUGCAGUACGUGGCCCAGAUCUACAAGUACUUUGAGACCUGAGCUGCAGAGCAAGAGGUGGACACGAGUGGGGAAGAGAACAGAGAAUGCUACAGAUGCACUUGAUCACUUUAAAAACCUGCUUGCUCCUCUUCCACAACCAACAACCUAAGCUCUUAGUGUGAAAGGAAGCUCUUCCGUGGUUUCGAUUCCGUCUGGGACUGCAACCAAAUAAUUCCCUGUUGUCCACCUUUGCAAACCAAAUCCAUUGGUAAACUUACUCCCACGUGGAAAUUGCAAAGUGUUUUCAAGCACACAUGGGAUAUUUCUGAAGAGGAUCUCUUGGGCUAACAUUUGCCUUGACAGGAGACCUGCUACACAAUGAAGUUUUAAGUCAAUGUGGAUUAUGCUGGCACUCAAGGGAGGCUGGGAGAUUAAUAUUAAUACAAAAGCUCACAAAAAUGCUCUUCUUGCCAAAACAUGCUUAACUCAUCCCAAGUAUAUGUUCUUUUCUUGCCUCCAUGUAUUUUAUAAAAUACCUUGACAGAUGCACUUAAGUUGUAGAACCUUAACCUGAGUUACUCUCACGCAUCUCACCCAAUAACUGCACUAAUUUCCUCAUAGCAUAACCAGCAGGAUGGUAACAGGAUCAUUUGUAACUCAGAAACCACCCUCUGUUCAUCACCAGUUAGUGAAAUAACUCAGAAAGAUCCUGUUAAGUGCUGGGACUUCAUUUCAGCUCAAACAGAAAUAAUCUAUUUGAGGAAAAAUAGGUUUAUUACUCCAACUUCAUUACUUGAUUACUCUGGGAAGCCAGAGCUUGGUUUCCUGGCUGACUGUGCAGGCACAGUUAUCACAGAAACGUUGCAAAUGCAAUUUAAUAGCUUUAUUUUGGAAGGUGCCAGUAAUGAGGUGAGCAAUACAGUGACAUCUCAUAUUUUUUGUGGAUUGAGUGGAGUAACUUCUUCCUUCUGUGUUGCUCCUGUCUGGUCAGCAGAGCUAUGUCAUUGCUGCCUAGAGGCAGGAAUCUGGAGACAGCCUGUGCCCUGGGCCACGAAAUAAGCCCAUGGGGCACUGGUACAUGCUUGGAAAUGAUGUUAUGCUGUAAAGGAGCACAGUCAUAUAUCAGCAGCAAUGGAAGGUGCAGCCUCACUCCACAGAUGACAGAGUGUGUAACUGGAACCCAUCUGUGCCACGGAGCUCAGGCGCCAGGGAGCAGCUUCCCACCUCAGUAACACUGUUAGGAAAAUGCUGACAGACACUGUUAAUGUCCAUUACUCUGUUCUUCUCAUUUCACCUGAUGAAGUUAAUUUUUGUGUUUGUCUCUGAGGAUGGAGGCAUCCAACAGGCUGCUGGAUUUGUUCUAGGAGCAGGUCUGGGAGAGCAUGUAAAGGCUGCCUGGCUGUUUUAGGGCAUGCUGGUAGGAGAAAGUUGGUGUUUAGUUACUGUGUUUAACCCUGAUGCUUCGUGAACAUUAGUCCUAGAGAAUUAGGGAUCAUUUCUGUCUUGCAAAAUAUUAGUGCUCACUGCUUCAGCCUCCUGGAAAAAGGCUCAGGAAAUGGAAACGAGAUUUCGGAGAACAAAAUUGGUUUCAGGCUUUCAAGGGCUUUGCAGGUGGCUGAUCUCAGCCUCUGGUUCCCCAUAGUGUUUUGUUGUUUGAUUUGAUUUUACUUUAUGAUGCUAUUUAAUUAAGAAACAACACAUUUCAGACUUUGUGUUCUCACAGCACAAUACAGGACUCAGGAAUAGAUGGUAGAGCCCAGGGUCAGGGAGUGCUUUGAACAAAGAGAUGCUGGAGGAAGGCAGUGUGUGCCUGUUCUGGAGGACGAGAAAACCAUCUCUUGCUCUUGGCUUUAGUCUGAAAUUUAUUCUAAUCCAUUGCCUCUGGGAAAGUCCAGUUCCAAUCUUUGGAGAGGCUGUGUGAUAAAAAUGGCCAGGGGAGAGCACUGACAGUGCCCCUGCACACUGGGUGUCAUCCUGCACUGUGAGCAAGCAGCUGAGUGCUGCCACAGGCACUUCAUUGCAGGGGAGCCCUUUCUAUGGAAUCCAUUCUCCAGGAUUUCUCAGCACACCCUGCUGUCCAUAGAGAACCCAAGAUGAGUUGCUCUAAAAUACAGGAUAAGAUGGAAGAGGAACACUCUGCUGAGCAGAGCACUGCAGGGCCCCGUUGCCUCGUGGAUGCAGCAGCUCUUUUCCCUGGAGGUGUCCCUUGGCAGGGACCCCAAUUCUCUCCAACAGGCUGGAGUUCAAAGCUGGAGUGAAGUCAGCACAGAAAAUUCCAUAUUCCUCAGUGGGCUUUGGAUUGGGCACUUGCAGGGAUGAGAAAAACGCUUUUAAUUCCCAGUGUCUGGUAAACAUCUCAAAGUCAGAGUAAAUGAUGUGAAAAAGGGAAUUUUAACCCUGUGGUCACUGGAAGGGUGUCCAGUGUGGCCCAGUGUCCACGAGGUGUGUGUUACCUCCUGCUCUGUCUCUCAAGGCUCACUUUACCCUUACAGACUGUUCUGGGGGAUCCAGCAGUUUUAUUGGGUUUUUUUUUCCCAAAUGAUUUGUACAAAGCAAUGUUUCUGUCAUCUCUUUGCUGCUUGCUCUCCUAUGCUUCCUCAGUAGCAUAGACCAAACACUAAUUCUACCUAAUUCUAGUGGUGUAUUCCUUAUUUUUUUACUCAGCUAGGAGUUAGAACACAGAGUUGUAGUAGGGAAGAAGGUACUUGGUUUUACCUUUUCUUCAGUGUUACUGUUCUAUCCUCAAACCUGCAAAGCAUCUCAUUUUGAUACUUUGAGAGACGGUUUUCCAGAUUAUUUUUUUUAAUUAAGGGUAUUGUUUAUUUGUUAAUUUAACUGUUACAAUAUUGGGGGGGGUUCUUCCUUUUAAGCCUUGCACAGUUACGUUUCAAGACCUUGAUAUUCACAAGUUGCUGUUUUUUAUGCUGCCUUAAAAUUUAAAUAUCAAUUUAUCCUAUAUGAGAUCCUGCAGGCCUGGUGUCAGAGACUCUGCAGGCCUUUGUGAGAUAUAUCAGAUCGGAGCUGCAAAAUUCCAAGUUCCAGCUGCCUUUAAAGUUAGGGAAUUCAAUUAAGUUAAGCAAAGACAGUAUAUGGAAGUUCUGAGAAUUCUCUGAAAAUGUCCUGAAUGUGAUGAUAUGACAGGGAUAGUGUUGAGCAGUAGGUUUGCCUGAACUGCCUAAAUUCUUUCUGACUUUGCCUCUUAGGAGUAAUGGAUCUUUCCCUGGUGCGCAGGCAGAUAGAUCUUGUCCCUUGCUCCCUGAAUUGUCACUCACAGGCACCACCUGGGUACCUGGUGUACCUGGGGAGUCUGUGGGACUGCAGGGAAGCAAAGAGCUGAUCUGGGGUGAGCAGGUGAGAAGAAGGGCUAGGAAGGGGGUUCCAGUGACAUUCCUGGAGGGAUGUGGCAGCGCGUUGUGCUGUAGUGUCGGAGAGGACCGGAGCUGGAGUGUGGGAGGUGCACUCCUGCUCCUGGGAUUUCAGGUGAGACAGAGAAGGUCCAGAUUGUUUCGUGGCUUGGGAAGGUACAGAGGUGUGAGGAGUGAGCCCAGCCCUGUGAGGAGUUUUUCUAGAAGGGCUGAAGAGCUUUUCCAGAAAGUGAGACUGAGGGAGAGCCCAGCGACAGGGCACAGACACGCCUGGGGCUCUUUGUCACAAAGGACAUCAGAGAGUCUGUGUGGACUGUCAGCUUGAGGGGCAUUCCUCCUAAGAGUGCAGCCUGUGGGGUCUCAGCAGGUGAGGAGAGGACACAGCACAGUUGGCUGCCUUUGCCAGGCUCCCCUUCCCGUGCCCAUGACAGUCAUGGCAACACGAAGGGGACAAAGACUUUCCGUUCUUCUGCACUGCAGCAAGGCAGCCAUGCUAAGCAGAGGGAUUUGGGGCUUAUGCAGGGUGCUUUGAGGUUUAGCAGUUUUCUUUCUGUGAUUUGAAGUUGUUUUUUAUAGGUUUUCUCUAGUUUUGUACAUGCAACCAGUUCUUUUUAAGUUUUCUGUGAGAGUUUUCUGUCCAAACCAAGUGCACGUGGGCAGAAGGAUUGGUUCUUCCCAGUUUGAUUCCUGACCUGGAGCUCUUCAAAAAUCCACCUUUUGGCUUCCCUGACUUUGCCCCUUCCUUGGCAAUGACCACACAAGCCUGGGCUCAUUGGUUUGUUCAUACCUCCCUCAUCCUGCUGUGCUGGGGGUACCAGCAGCAAGGAUCUGACUGGGCCAGCUCUUGGCAAAGCUGAGCCUUGUGCAUCUGAUCACAGGCAGGGGCUGUAUGGGAUGAGAUUAUGCAUUUCCCUGUCACAAGAGGGCUUUUUGCCUAAAAAAGACUCAGGGCAUGGAGCAUGAAGACAUUUCUAAACCCAGCAAUAAGUUUUACUAUGCUCAGCUGUGUUGGUUUGUACCAACUCCAGUGCCAUCGACGCUCGCUCACCGACAUGGUGCAGAACCAGCUUCUCACUGAACUGCAAGUAACUUGUUUUUCUCAACUGAUGGUCUCUCCAUUUUUGACUUGCACGUGUGCCAAGUCCCAUGGGGCAGUGCUGGACACAAUGUUUUUAUUGACUGUUGGUCCAGGCCUGAGUUUGUCAUAUGGGAUGAUCACCUCUGACAGUUUUAGCUUUCCCUGUUGGGUACAGAUGUUACAUCGUAAUCUAAUUUAUACAAAGAGCACAUUAGAAUGUACAUACUAAGCAUUGCAGAUUUGGACAUGCUAAUAUUUAAAGAUUAACAUUAUUAAAAUGUAUGAUGCAAAAUCUGUGUAAUAUUUCUAAUAAAUCUUUUUCUGUUUCUGA